AUGGCGAGGUCAAGGCUCCAGCUUCCAUUGGGCAAUAAAAUGGAAAUCGUGACAGGCACAAUACACACCCUUCUGCCAAAACUGGACACCCUGCUGACAAGUGAAUACAAGCUGCAGAGAGGCCUAGAUGGCAAUAUCAAAUCCCUGAAAGCCGAGCUGGUUAGCAUGGAUGCUGCACUGACGAGAGCAUCUGAGGCACAGAUGAGCGACGACAUGGUCCAGAUCUGGGCAAGGGAGAUGAGGGACCUGUCCUAUGACAUUGAAGAUAUUAUCGACAAAUUCAUGGUUCGUGUGAAGGCUCAUCCAUCGUUACAGCUGCCUGGAAUUAUAGGGUUUUUUGUUAGUUGUUUGGGAUCUCUGACUAGGGCAAAAACUCGUCGUCAGAUUGCCGGCGACAUUGAACACAUUAAGAAACUUAUCACCGAGGUUGCUGAACGGCGCCAGAGGUAUAAGUUUGAUGAUAUUGUCGACCAGCCCAUGGCUCAAGCAAUUGACCCCCGUUUGCUCGGCAUGUUCGAAGAAUCAACGAAGCUCGUCGCGAUUAGUGGCCCAACGAAGGAAUUGUGUGGCCUGCUUAUGGAGCAUGAAGGCACAUCAAAGCGGCAGCUCAGAGUGGUAUCCAUCGUCGGAGUUGGUGGCUUAGGAAAGACCACGCUUGCCACUGUGACAUAUCAACAGCUUAGGCAUCAAUUCAGUUGCAGUGCUUUUGUUUCGGUGUCACUUAGGCCUGAUCUGAAGAAAAUUCUAGGCAGCUUGCUUCGCCAAGUUAGUGAGCAGGAAGGUUACCCUAACAAUGAAACAUGGGAAGUUGACGAGCUUAUCAAUAAAAUCAGAGGAGUUCUUGCUAAUAAGAGGUACUUUAUUAUAAUUGAUGAUAUAUGGGACGAAUCAGCGUGGAAAUAUAUACAGUGUGCACUUAUUGAGAACAAUUACGGUAGCAGAAUAAUAACAACAACUCGUUUAGCUAGUGUUGCUGCAUCAUGCUGCUCAGACAUUGAUGGUAGCAUCUAUAAACUAAAACCACUUUUGCUCGACGACUCGAAGCAGUUGUUCUACAAGAGAGUAUUCGGCAGCGAGGACGGCUGUCAUCCGGAACUGAAAGAGAUAUCAGAGAAAAUUUUAAGGAAGUGCAGUGGGGUGCCAUUAGCCAUCACCACUAUAGCCAGUCUAUUGGCAAAUAAACCAGGCAACAAGAGUGAGUGGAACAGGGUGCACAACUCCAUUGGUUUUGGGGUUGAAAAAUGCACUAACAUGGACAACAUGCGUCAGAUACUGUCUAUUAGUUAUGAUGGCUUGCCUUCUGUCCUAAAGCCCUGCUUGUUGUAUUUUACUGUCUUUCCGGAGGAUUACAGUAUUCCCAUAGAUCAAUUGGUACGAAGAUGGAUAGCCGAAGGCUUUGUCCAUGGGCAACAUGAUGCCCUGGAUGAACUAGGAUAUUCAUACCUGUUUGAGCUCAUUAACAGAAGCUUGAUUCAACCAGAGAAUUUAACCGCUUAUGAUGGGAUUCAGUCUUGUCGUGUGCAUGAUAUGGUAUUAGAUCUCAUCACAUCCCUUGCAACCAAAGAGAAUUUUGUCACUACAUUUGAUGGACGCCAGCUUGCAGAUCAUCCAGGGAAGGUUCGCCGGUUGUCACUCCAAAACAAUGAAGAAGAGCACAACUUAACACAUGCAACAUUGAACGUAUCUCAUUUGAGAUCACUUAUUGUUUUCCCUGGUGCUACUAACUUGAUGCCACCUCUUUCAGACACCCCGGUUUUGCGAGUAUUGGAUUUGGAGCACUGCCGUGACCUGGAGAAUCAUCACAUUGCUGGUGUUCAGAAAUUGCUCAAUCUGAGGUACCUUGGGCUAAGGGAUACCAAUAUCACAAGACUCCCAAGAAAACUUGGUAACCUGCAAUGCUUGCACACAUUAGAUCUGAGUCAAACUUCCAUAACUAAACUGCCAUCAUCGGCUGUUUGCUUGAAACAAUUGGUGCGCCUCUAUAUUGAAGAUUCAGUGAAGCUGCCCAAGGGAAUUGGGCAGUUGAAUUUACUGGAGGUGCUCUCAUCUUACGGUGUGAGCAGCUCACCAAGUAUUGUGGGAGAGCUAGGCAAUUUAACCGAGCUGAGAGUUCUCCAUAUCUCAUUGGCUAGUGGUAAUGGUAGUCUUGGUGGGUGGCGCAACACCUACGAGAAACCUUUGUGUGAUUCCUUGUUGAAACUGCAGAAAAUCCAAGAGUUGCAUAUCCGAUCUUUUGGAGCACCCACGGAAUUCAUUGCAGAUUUAGGAUGGUCUCCUCAACACCUCCAAGAUUUCUUUGGCAGUCCUAUGUCCAGAUUGCCAAGUUGGAUGAACUACUCUCUCUCAAACCUGUACCAGAUAACCAUGACGCUCAACAUACUACGGCAGGAGGACAUCCAGAAUAUCGGGAUUAUACCAUUUCUACGUUCUCUUCAUCUCUCUGUCAGGAAAAUCGAAUCGACAGGACAUAAGCUGCUCAUUGGCACAGAUCACACGCAAUUCCGGUGCCUGUGUCAUCUUGGGUUGAGCAGUCAUCACGCGAUGGGCCUCAUGUUUGUACAGGGAGCUGUGCCAAGCCUUGUAAGUCUUGAUAUUGUGCUCCGGGUUCGUGAGACGAAGGACUUGUAUGGCGACUUCAAUCUUGGAUUGGAAAAUCUGCAUUCUGUCAGGCAAAUCAGUGUGAAAAUUGGUUGUACCGGUUGCAGGAGAUGUGAGGUGGACAGUGCAGAGGCUGACAUAAGAAGGGCAAUCAUGAACAAUCCUAACAAUCCAACGUUUGAGAUCACCAGAUGUUUUGAAUAUGAAUUGGAUGAGGUGCAACACCUGGUCAAUGAGGAAACAACUGAAGAAGAGGAGGUACUGAUUGAGGAGGUACUGAUUAAGUAA